CCGGGGAGGCGUGGCCUCUGACUCCGGUCAGCUUCGAGAGGAAAAGUGUGGAAUUCCAUUUCCGCUUUAGGGAGUGGACCGCGAUUUUUUUCCAUCCAACAAACUUUCAAUCCCACGUCAAUUUAGAAAUUUUGAAGCCUCAUUUUUAAAGUUUUGUUCCGACAAUGGCUUCCUCUCCUCAGAAAUCACCGUCCUCUCCUAAAUCCCCGACGACGCCGAAAUCCCCGUCUUCUAGAAAGAAAGACGAUUCUUUCCUCGGAAAACUUGGUGGGACUCUGGCGAGAAGGAAGAAAGCUAAAGAAGUGUCUGAACUUCAGGAAGAGGGGAUAAAUGCCAUCAACCUUCCUCUCAGUCCCUCCCAUUAUGAGCUCGACCCUGAGGACACCAUGCUAGAGGAAAAUGAGGUACGAACCAUGGUGGACCCAAACUCCAAGAACGACCGUAAACUGCAAGAACUUAUGAAGGUGUUAAUCGACUGGAUAAAUGACGUUCUUGUGGGUGAAAGGAUUAUUGUGAAAGAUUUGGCUGAAGAUCUCUAUGAUGGACAGGUCCUGCAAAAACUAUUUGAAAAGCUAGAAGGUGAGAAACUCAAUGUGGCGGAGGUGACACAAUCAGAAAUUGCACAGAAGCAGAAGCUGCAGACUGUUUUAGAAAGGAUCAAUGACUCACUUAAACUCUCCACAAGGAAUAUUCGGUGGAAUGUUGACUCUGUUCAUGCAAAGAGUAUAGUCGCCAUCCUACACCUGCUAGUCGCACUGUCACAGCACUUCAGAGCGCCGAUCAGAUUGCCGGACCAUGUUUCUAUUCAAGUAGUUGUGGUCCAGAAAAGAGAAGGCAUUCUCCAGUCUAGACAAAUUCAAGAGGAAAUCACUGGCAACACAGAGGCUUUCUCCGGAAGACAUGAGCGGGAUGCUUUUGACACCCUGUUCGACCAUGCUCCAGAUAAACUUAAUGUUGUCAAAAAGACACUGAUCACAUUUGUGAAUAAGCACCUGAACAAGCUCAACUUAGAGGUGUCCGAAUUGGAAACACAGUUUGCAGAUGGUGUUUAUCUGGUGUUGCUGAUGGGUCUGCUGGAGGGAUACUUUGUGCCACUUUACAAUUUCUUCCUCACGCCUGAGAAUUUUGACCAGAAGGUACAUAAUGUGUCCUUCUCAUUCGAGUUGAUGCAGGAUGGAGGUCUGGAGCGACCAAAGCCAAGGCCAGAGGAUAUAGUGAACUGUGACCUUAAAUCAACCCUCCGCGUGCUGUACAACCUCUUCACCAGGUACAGGAAUGUAGACUGAGGACCCAAGCAAGAACAGUGACCCUUCUUAAAGUGUAUCUAUGGACCACAUUCUAACGCUUUAAAAUCCUUCCGUUUCUUAUUUAUAUAGGUUUUUUAUAUCGUAAUUCUUUCAUCACAUCAUAAAAAGGACCGCAGUUGUUCUUCACUGCAGCAUCAAUUUGUGUGGCACUAAUUUUCACACCUGAAACGGUUUGUUAAAAUCUCUGAUAUCUUUUACAUUACUAUUGAACUAUUACUGUAUUUAUUGUGAAUUUUAUACACUUAUUGUCGUAUAUUUCUAGCUUUUUAUGAUAUCUUUGAAGUGCCUUUGCUGAUAACGGAAUGGCUACUUGACGUUCCUAAGAAGAGAGACCAACUGUUUGUGUUCCCUUGUUUAAGUGCCAAAUCUCCUUUGCAAUGCAUUUCCUUUUCAAUUACACUUAAUAUCUGUUUAUUCUUGUAUGAGAAGAAGUUAGUAGUUGUAGACACAGGACUUGUGCUAUGCUCGCUCCUCCCACAACGUGAAAACACUAACUGCAGGCUAUAUGGGCACGGGUUUGAAAAUGCAAUCAAUUGUGAGCCUGUUUUUUUUUUUUUUUUUUUAAAUUGUUAACCUUCAUUGGAUCACAUGCUUGGAAGACCAUCAUUAUCUUGUUUGUUCUCAUAAAGCUAAAAAAAUUAACAGGGAACACUUUCUUAUCUUGUGCUUUAACUGUGCAACCCACCAGAGGUUGUGAACUCCACUGCAUCUGACAAAAUAGCCAGAGGAGCCAUUUAGCUCAAACAUGAAAAAUUAGUAGACAAUGAGAUGAGAGACAAUGUUUCUGCUACAUAGCAGUCUUUUUGUGUUUUGGUCCAUCACACCUGACUGCAAAACAGUCAAAAUAAACCAUAUCCAGAAGUCAAUAACGCAGCCUUAAUCUGCACCCUUUUACACUUCAGUACCGUUUUUAAAGUCUCAGUUCAAAGGAUGAAUCAGAACCCCUGAGAUAAGAUGGUGUUAGAAGUUUGAUUGAAGUGGAAACCCUUGGAAAAGGGGUGUAAUGGAACACCGGUAUGCACCAGUCUACUACAGUAGAGCCAUGGUGUGAAUCUAAGUUAUCUUUGUGUUAAACCAAAGAAAGUGUGUUUUAAAAUUAUUAUAGUAUGAACCACACAAUGCUUCUGUAUAUUUUAUGCUUUUAAACUUGGAUAUCCACCUUUUGUACAUUUUUUUUUCAUGCUUUCAGCAAUAAUGUAACUGACUGUGUGUGUUCAACAAAAGUGUUUAUCAGUGCUGUUAACAUGUUGUCUGUAUGUUUUAAUCAUUUAAUAAAUAAACUUAUC